AUCCGUCGCGCGACCCGGCCAGCUGAAGAGCCUCGCGCUCCAGAGGAGAGACAGGACUAGAAGAGAGAAGAGCAGGCGAAGACACCUCACUCUCAGCUCCGUAGAAGAUGCAGAUCCUCAGGGUCCAGGUUGUGCUGCUCUGGCUGCUUUCGGACAGCUCCUGCGCACUUGGUGGGAAAGUCAACAAGCACAAGCCUUGGAUAGAGACUUCCUACCAUGGAGUGAUUACAGAGAACAUGGAGACAGUGCUGCUGGACCCUCCUCUAGUAGCUCUAGACAAGGAUGCCCCAGUUCCUUAUGCUGGGGAGAUUUGUUCCUUUAAGAUCUUUGGUCAGGACGCCCCUUUUGAGGCAGUGGUGUUGAAUCGCACAUCAGGCGAAGGAAUCUUAAGAGCUAGCAGCCAUGUGGAUUGUGAGAAUCAGAAGGAGUACACCUUUAUCAUCCAAGCUUACGACUGCGGUGACGGGCCCAGUGGAGCUAACUGGAAAAAGUCUCACAAGGCUGUGGUUCACAUUCAGGUAGAUGAUGUCAAUGAAUUCAGCCCUGUGUUUAGAGAGUCACUCUACAAGGCAUCAGUGACUGAAGGCAAAAUCUACGACAGCAUCUUACAGGUGGAAGCCUGGGAUCAGGACUGUUCACCACAGUACAGUCAAAUCUGCAACUAUGAAAUUGUCACUGGGGGAACACCAUUUGCCAUAGAUCGAAAUGGUAAGUUUACCAUUGGUAACAUCAGAAACACAGAGCGACUCAGUUAUGAAAAGCAGCAGAGCUACAGGAUUAUGGUAUCUGCCUUUGACUGCGGUCAGAAGAAAGCCAAAGAGGAUGUGGUGGUACAUAUUGAAGUCAAGCCUGUCUGCAAACCAGGAUGGCAAGGCUGGAACAAGCGAGUGGAUUAUGAGCCAGGGACUGGAAGCAAACAACUUUUUCCCAAGAUGCACCUGGAAACAUGUGGAGGGCCCUUGUCCGGAGUAAAGGCCAUGGUGGAGCUGCAGACAAAUCACAUUGGAAAGGGCUGCGACCGUGAAACUUACUCUGAAAAGUCUUUGCAGAAACUGUGUGGUGCAGCAUCAGGCAGCACCGACCUCCUUCCUGCCCCCAGCCCCUCGGCAAAUUGGACCGCAUCUCUUCUCACUGACAGUGGACGUGAAAGCGACCUCAUCUACAGGUUUGACGGGAACCAGGCUGCAAAUGUUCCAGAUCACGUGGUGCCCCAGAACUUGACAGACCAGUUCACCAUAGCAACAUGGAUGACACAUGGACCAAGUCCAGGACUUAGAGCUGCAAAGGAAACCAUACUGUGCAACUCUGACAAGACAGAGAUGAACCGCCACCACUACUCUCUGUAUGUUCACAACUGCCGGUUGGUGUUCCUGCUGAGAAGAGAUUUCACACAGAUCGACACUUACCGGCCCGCUGAGUUCCACUGGAAACUGGAGCAGAUCUGUGAUAAGGAAUGGCAUUACUAUGUGAUCAAUGUGGAGUUUCCUGCAGUGACACUCUUCGUAGAUGGUGUGACCUAUGAGCCGUACCUGGUGACGGAUGAUUGGCCGAUCCAUUCCUCCAAGAUUGAUACGCAGCUGACUGUGGGUGCCUGCUGGCAAGGCGGUGAGGUGGUAACACCGAGGUUCACUCAGUAUUUCCAUGGCAGCCUCUCAGGUCUGACGAUUCGACCGGGCCGCAUUGAAACCCAGAAGGUUAUCUCCUGCUUGCAGGCCUGCAAAGAAGGCCUUGAUAUUAACUCCCUUGAAAGCCUUGCUAAGGAUAUAAAGUUUCACUUUAACCCAGCCCAAUCAGUGUUGGUGUUGGAAGGAGAGGACGUGGACAGCAUCAAUACGGCCAUGACGAAGGUCUCCUACAUCAACUCUCGCCAGUUCCCCACGCCAGGCCUCAGACGGCUGCACAUCUCCACGUCUGUACAGUGUUUUGGAGAGGACACCUGUGUCUCCAUCCCAGACAUCAAGGCAAUGGUUAUGGUGCUGCCACCAAGUGAACCCACAAUCACCAUUUCAGGAUCCAAGCAGCUUGUCAGACCAGCCAGUGACCUCCGCAGCCCGCUGGGUGUGGCGCCCUUCAAAGAGCUUCGGAUCACUAGUACAGUAAUGAAGGGCGACAGCUUUGGAGGAUUCCACCGACCUGGGGUGAUGGAGCUAAUGCAUAACCUGGACUACUGUGAUGUGCUUGUUAUCGGAGAGGAGUUGGAACCAGAGAGAGAGAGCCUGGAGAUUCACCACAGUGCUUUACUGGGAAAACACCUUGAUGCCACCAAUUCCACCUCUGGAAUAUCAAUAUAUGGUGUGGACUCCAUGGCCCACUAUGAGCAGGUUCUCAGACAGUUACGCUACAGAAACUGGAGACCUGCCUCUCUAACAGAGAGAAGGUUCAGACUAACCUGCUCUGAACUCAAUGGACGUUACACAAGUAAUGAGUUUAAUCUGGAGGUCAGUGUUCUUCACCACACAGCACCCAUGGAACAUGUCAAUCAUAUGGCUGCACAGGCUCAGUACAUGAGACCCGUCCAUCACCCGCUAAUGAUUCACUCACUUAACUCACACAUGUCAGGUCCAGCUCCUCCUGCAGCCACAGUUGUAAUUGUGGUGUGUAUCGCCGCCCUUGUGAUCAUCGUGGUGAUCGGGAUCUACAGGAUCCAUGCCGCACAUCAGGAGGGGUCCAGAGAUGAUGAGGAUGAAAUUAAAGAUCCAGAGUCAGACUGGGAAAGCUCUGGACUCAACAUCACUGUCAAUCCCAUGGAGGACAUAAGAGGACCCCAGGCGCACGGAAAAGCUGUGAGAGGAGAAGAAUGUGAGGAGGAGGAUGAUGAAGAUGAUGCUGAGUUGGUGGGAGGCAUGACGAUGGUUGAAUCAGACAGCAGUGAUGAAGAGGAAGAGGAGGAAAAUAAGGGAAGAGGAGAGGUUAAUGGGAGGAAGCAGAAGGGAAAACCUGAGUGGGACAGUUCAUGUGGAACAUACUAAGCACACACACACGUACACACACAUUUCUACACACACACACACACAGUGGUUUUAUCUCUUCCAAAAACAUGCACACCUACACUCUUAGUCAGCUACAACACACAGACAAACACACAGACAUUUAAAUUCCCUAAUCAAAUAAAUUAGAAUCUUUUGCUGGAAAAAUACACAGAAUCCUCCCAUGUUGCAGUUUUUAAAGAAAUGUCGCCAUCUGCUGGGCAAAGGGAAACAUUCGUCACCAUUCAGUCAGCAGCAGUUCCAGUGCUGGAAAUCAUUAAGUGUUUUUCAUUAUUCACAGCACAUUCAGUGAGUUAGAUCAUUUAUCAACACAUUAAAAAGCACAUGUGUCAUUUCACCAUCAUUUCGUGUGCAGACUGUCUGAGUUUUUCUUUGAAAACAUAAAAUAAACCUAACCUCUUGUCCCUACAUUUAGUGCAGUGUAUCGCAAAAGGAUUUAGUAGUUGAACUUUUCCACAUUUCAAUAUGUUACGACCACAAACAUUAAAGUUUUCUUCUGGAAUAAUGUCUGGUUGACCGUCAUAAAGUUCUGGAUAAUAUUAGAAUGGAAAAACAUGAAUGCUUUUUCAUAUUAAAAUCUGAAAAACAUUCCUCUUAACUUGCAGGCAGCCUCCCUGAGUCAAUACAUUUCUAGAAAAAUCUUUUUGCUGCAGUUUCAGUUGGGCUAGGGCCUUAUCUUCCAGGAUUCUAAAUAAAGUGCACUAAAUUGCACAUGCAAGAAUGGUGUGUGGUGCAUAAUUUACAAAGAUUGCUGCACAAAUAUUAAGAUUUGCAAACUGGUUUGGUUAAGCCCAUAAAAAUGAGCAGAUUGCAUGCUGGGCCAUUCUAACACAUGAAAAGGCUUUGGUGUAAAUGACUCUACUGUAGCUCUAGCUGUUAUAAUACACGUCAUUGUCUCCCUGGAGGUUAAAAACACCUACAUUUCUGUCCUUUUGCAGACUCUAACUGUUUUUUCUUUCCUUAUUUUAAUCGAGAUUCAUCUUCCAAGCAAUGAUUACCACUCUCUCUGUUCUUCCUGAUGCAAAGUAUCCCCAAAGCAUUAUACUAUACCCACUAUGUUUUCCCUGGUGUGCUCAAGCUGAUAUGCUAUACUGUAGAAGUUUUUCUCUGUUUAUUUUGUAUUAGAUAGAAAGUUUAACUCUGGUCUUACUUAGCCUUAGGACAUUUUAGGACAUCUUUAGAAAUAACUUAGGAAUAAAGUUGACAGUAAACAAGCUUAUCAGUUUUCUUCCUUAAACCUGAUAAGCUUAUUUUUAGGACUGAAAACUAACAGGUGUAGAAUGAUCUGGAAAAAACCUAAGUAGCCUACUUAGAAAUGAAGGAUGAGACCUGAUUUGAUGAGGAACUAGGCACAAAGACUAUGACCAUAUAACAAUAUUUGCUUCUUUACUAAACUAUUUCUAUGGGCACAAAUUGUAAAUAAAACCGUAAACUCAGCUUAAUCCAUUAAGCGUUCACAAAUAUUAUUGUUUACAAGUAAGCAGAGAAAAAAACACUUUCUCAUCCAUAAAUGUAUUAAUAUACAAUAUCCAUACAGAUAAUGUUUGCCCAGCACUAUCUUAAUAAACAGACACAUAUCACCAGAUUCUCCCUCCUGAGCUAAGGUUCUCUGCAGCUCCUCCAGCUUUCUCCAUAACUAAAUGCUUUUGCCUACCCUUUACAUUUAUGCGCUACUUUGGGUUAGUAAAUACCUCCUUGCUCCCCCCCAAAAAAAUGUAUUAAUUAAUUAAUAAGUACAUACAAGUUUGUGGUUGCAACAGGACAAAGCAUGAACAAAUUUACUGUCUCUAAAUACUUAAGCAAUCCUUUCUGAUUCCUUUUCUAUUGUCUUUCUAACCAGACAGUCUGUAAUUCAGAUGUAUCCAUACAUGUAUUCACGGGUUAAUAUAUGCAUUAACAUUUUAGACAGAAAUAAUAACUGGAUCUAGAUAUUCUGUACGGCUUAGCGAUGUUGUUGCUCAGUGUUUAUCAUCCUCGACUGUUGGCUCGCACUUCCUUCCUCUCCAUAAGCAGUGCUAUGGUUCUGUGGGCUGCACAUUAAAAAAAAAAAGGUUUCUCUCAUUAAAAAUAUUUCUCAUUUGCUGUGCAUUGCAUACGAUUUACAUGCAGUGAAUGAUAGAUUAUGUAUUGCAGGUAAUUCUCUCUCUGAAUAGUGUCUUUUUAUGACACCGGGUUACUGUGUACAACUUAAAACUACUAUGUACAUUUUACCGAAACCGAUCUAAUAAUCAUUAUUUCCUGUUUUGGUAUGAGCAACAUGUCAGCUGAAAUUAUAAAUUAAACAAGACUUCCAGAUGGAAAAGCAGUACUUCCAGGCCUCAUCAUCAUCCAUCACCCCCCUGCAGUAAGGUUGAACCCUAACAAGCGUUGAAAGAUUUUUAUUUUUGACUUGGAUUGAGUUUAAAGGAAAUAUGUAAAAGUAAAAUUUACUUCUUAGAGUAAGUGAGGGGAUGAUCUGCAGUCAUGACUGAGAGGUAACCAGCCUAGCUAUCUCUCUGUAUCAUGUGUGUUUUGUUUUCAGCCUGCAGUGAUCAGAAGUUUUCACACACUGACCGGUAUUAUAAAUAAUACAUUUAACUCUGUACUUACAGCCUAAAUAGUUAAAGAUUGCUACAAACAGGCUUGAAUUGGAAGGCAGACAGACUUUUAGUUUUUUGAAGAUGUUUCCACAGCUAUCCAGGAUUUUUUGUCAAUUCUGUUGGCUCGCACCAGAGCAAUCUCUUAUUGGAAUGCUGAUGUAUUGCAGCAGCAUGGAGGUCCAUCCUUCUGCACACAUUCCAAGUCAGAUGCAAAUCAAAUAGCCGUCCUUUGUUCUUCUGAAAUGUUGGAGCCUUUUGUUGUGCAUGGGCUAUGUGAUUGGCCUUUUGAAUCAUAAUAAGAGGCUAGUAUAAUAUUGUUUUCUCAGCAAGUUGCAGAUAAAAUACAAACAUGUUGUAGCCAUUAAAAAGCUUCCAGUUUAAUUCGCCCUGCCUGCAUAUUCAACCUCCCUGCCCCCUGAAAAAAACACCUCAAAUAAAUCAUAAUGGCCAAAUAAAAAGUAAAUAUAAAUUAGUGACCAGAAUAAACAAUAACAUCAUGGAUUUUCCAUCCAGCAAUUAUUAUAAUUACACUUUAUAUGCUUCACUGGCUCUCAGUCUUACUCAGCAAGGAGUGCAGCUUUGAUAUUUCUAAAGUUACUGAUGCUUGUUUAAAGGGGAAAAUGGAUGUUAACAUCUUUGGACAGUUUGCGUCUCAAAAAGUCCAUUUGGCUUUGAAAAUUGUUUUUGUUUUAAAUAAGGAGCAACCCACAGAACACAUUAGGCAUCUGUUUUUUGAAGGAGUAACCCUGCAUUACAGUGAACCUCUUCUUUGAAAUCCAUGAUGUCCCCCAUUUAAAACCUCCAAACUAAACCUAUAGUAAAACACUCUUGUUGUGCAGUCCUCAAUCUGUUUAUAUUCCUGCAGCCACGAGGCAACCAGAUCCAUCCCUUACUAGUGACACAUUUAAACAAUCCUACAGAUUAAGUGUCCAGUAUGUAGAGUUAACCCCACACCGCAGCGGUGGAAAAAGAGCCAGAGCUGCGGUUUGGUUUCUCCUCCUCACCUGUGAUGUGUGCGUUCUUCCUAACAGACAUGUCCAUCUGUCCUUUAAGCACCUGUGAUCGUAACGUCAUCAUUGUAAAACAACUGCCCCGUUUCCUUUGUCAUGUUAUGCUCCUGAAACGUUAAGGAGGUUUUUUGCAUAUAAAAUGAAACCCUGUAAAAAUGUUUAAGACAAUUAUUUUAUAUAUCCGUUUCCUUUUUCUUUUUGUAAACUUAAUAGUUGGGAUUUAUCUCUAUCUAGCGGUCAUCCCACUGCUUUCUGUAUAAUGAUCAAUAAAGACAUGUUUUAGACUCUA